AAUUUCAACCUGUGUAGUACGAUAAUAUGGCCAAAACAAUCUGGCAACGCUAAUCUAUAGCAUCAAGAUCAAGUUCAAGAUCGCUGGACUUGUUUACACUCUCAGCUGUUCCUUACAUUUUCUUUAAUAUUAUGAUGUUUUACGCUAAUUACACGAGAUGAGUGAGGGCAGGAUGAGUGUGGUGUGUGGUGGUACUACUACUACCACCACCACCACUACCACCACCACUACCACUACUACUACUACUACUACUACUACUACUGCUACUACUGAUACUACUUUUACUACCACUACCACCACCACUACUACUACUACUACUACUGGUAGUGAUGGAAGUGUAUGCCUGGUGUGUGAUGCAGGGGUGAAGGCAGCACCAGCAUCACCCCUACAGCUGCUCCUCCACGGCCCCCCCAGCGACACAGCACACCCUCUCAGUCCGUCACUUGCGCACUUAGUGGAGGACGCUAUCCAUACACCCUUGCCGCAGUGUGAGGCAGGGGCGCUGGUGGUAUGUCGCCGCUGCCUCCGCCUGCUGGAGGAGCUGGAGGGGCUGCUGCAGAGGUGUGCCAGAAUCAAGCACUCCCUCCUGGCCUCGUACAAUGCUGCCCUGUUUAAAAGACUCAACCCGGAAAUAGCCAGAAUAGACACCAGCACCACCACCACCACCAGCAACCCCGACCCCCUUGACUGCCUGAAGGUGGAGGUGUCAGAGGACGAGAGUGUGUUCUGCCUGGAGGAGGAGCUGCGACCUGAAGAUCAAGGCAUUCGAGAGGAUGACCCAGAGUUUGACCCGGCUUUUGAGAAUGCUUGGGUCAAGAGAGGGAGAGGAAGAGGGCGCAGGAGAGGAAGGGGCAGGGGGCGUGGCAGGGGAAGGAGCAGAGGUAGGGGUGGCAGGGGAACAGGGAGGGGACCUGGUAGACCCCCGAAGAGUACCAAAGAAAACGUACUGCCGAGUGUUUUAAAGGGGGACUUGCUCAAAGAAGGAUUGCCUGAUGUGAAGAAAAUAGUGGAUGAAGUGGAAGAGAGACAGUCAGCAAUAGAGAGACAACAUAUAUCAGAAAUAAAGAAGGAAGAGGAGGAGAAAGAGGUAGAGGAGGACGAGGAAGAGAGGCCAGCUAAGAUCCCAAGAGUACCUACCCCCACUUAUCCCUGCCCCUACUGCCACUUCACCGCCCCCACCCCCAGACCCUGCAUACCCACAAAUCCGCACUCCACCGCAACAUGGACUGCCCGCACUGUGGCAAGCUUCUAUCCACGUGGUGGGCUUAUGAACGACACCUGCUCCACUUCCACGCCCAGCCACCCCUCGAGAUCAAACAGGAGAAUGUGGAGGAGGGGGAGGAGGAGGAAGAGGAGGCAGCGGGGUCGAGGAGGAGGAAGGGAAGGAGGAAGAAGGUGCAUAAAUGUGAAUCAUGUGGGGAUGUGUUCAGGUCACGCCCUGCCCUCACCUACCACACAGCCACCAAGCACUCCAGUGUGACGUACUCUUGUGGGCAGUGCGCGGCGGCCUUCCCUCACCGCUCUCUGCUGGCGUCACACUCCCUGAGGCACGGCGAGAGGCGGGUGAUGUGUGACCGCUGCGGCAGGAAGUUCUUUACCCAGAAGCAACUUAACUGCCACGAGAACCUCUUCCACCGGCGUGCACAAAGCUACACCUGCAACAAAUGUGGCACGCGUUUCUCCACCUUGAGAGUGCUGCGCCACCACAUACGCUCCCUGCCAAACCACCGCUACUACUGCCAGGAGUGCAGCGCGGCUUUCCAGCUGUGGACGCAGUACCUGACGCACCUCCUUACCCACGGACUGAGAUGCUCUUUGUGCCAUCAUUCCUUCACCACCGCCUCGGCCGCACAUCAACACUACCAGACCUGCCAUUCCCCAGACACCGCCACCACUGCUCCUAACUGUGCACUGGACCGCGAAAGUGUUCAUUAUAUCCGCACGCACUCCAAAUUACAUGGUGAAACGGAUAUGUUGACUUUAAGAGAUGAUAUUACGUUGAAGGAUGAUGCCAGGCAGGGGGAAUGUGAUGAAGAGGGCAGUGUUGUAAUUGUACUUUCCAACGCCAGUGAGGAUGUGGGUCUGGAGUCUCUGGACGGCUGUGUGGGUGAAGAGCGGAUGUCUGUGCCUGUGGAUGUGGAUAACCGGAUGUUUGUCAUUGAGGAGGAGGUGCAACAGGAGGGUCUGGAGAAAGGGGUUGCUGCUGUGUGUGUCUCUCUGGCUGGGUCGUGUUAGGUGUGUGUGUGUGUGUUUGUGUGUGGGGCAUGUCUGGGGUGAGGACGCGGUGUCACGGACUUGGCAACACUGCUAGACUGAUGCACUCACUCAUCCACCCAACCUAACCUAACCCAAACUUAUCCUAACCUAACCAAACCCCAACCAAACCUAACCAAACCAACUGUGAUCCAACCAAACUUAACCCAAACUUAUCCUAACCUAACCAAACCCCAACCAAACCUAACCAAACCAACUGCAAUCCAACCAAACCUAACCCAAACUUAUCCUAACCAACCAAACCCCAACCAAACCUAACCAAACCAACUGCGAUCCAACCAAACCUAACCCAAACUUAUCCUAACCCAACCAAACCUAACCAACCAACUGCGAUCCAACCAAACCUAACCCAAACUUAUCCUAACUAAACCCCAACCAAACCUAACCAACCAACUGCGAUCCAACCAAACCUAACCCAAACUUAUCCUAACCAACCAAACCCCAACCAAACCUAACCAAACCAACUGGAAUCCAACCAAACCUAACCCAAACUUAUCCUAACCUAACCAAACCCCAACCAAACCUAACCAAACCAACUGCGAUCCAACCAAACCUAACCCAAACUUAUCCUAACCCAACCAAACCUAACCAACCAACUGCGAUCCAACCAAACCUAAUCCAAACUUAUCCUAACUAACCAAACCCCAACCAAACCUAACCAAACCAACUGGAAUCCAACCAAACCUAACCCAAACUCAUCCUAACCUAACCAAACCCCAACCAAACCUAACCAAACCAACUGCGAUCCAACCAAACCUAACCCAAAGUUAUCCUAACCUAACCAAACCCCAACCAAACCUAACCAAACCAACUGGAAUCCAACCUAACCUAACCAAACUUAUCCUAACCUAACCAAACCCCAACCAAACCUAACCAAACCAACUUCGAUCCAACCAAACCUAACCCAAACUCAUCCUAACCUAACCAAACCCCAACCAAACCUAACCAAACCAACUGGAAUCCAACCAAACCUAACCCAAACUUAUCCUAACCUAACCAAACCCCAACCAAACCUAACCAAACCAACUGGAAUCCAACCAAACGUAACCACACCAACUGCCACCCAACCUAGCCCAACCAAACGAACCAAACUCAUACUCAGCGUAACCAAACAAGGCAAACCCCAGCAUAAUGUUCUCCCAUGUUGGCUUAUUGUGUUGAAAUAGCAAAGAAGCGCUAUAUUUCCUGCAGAACCAUUAUAAAACGCUGGAUUUUUAUAUAUUUGAAUGAUCUGGUGCUUUCGAUUAAGUAUUAAAGAUGUAGUGUUAGUUUGGCGCAUGGUUCAGUACAAGACCAAUAAGAGAGAGAGAGAGAGAGAGAGAGGGAGAGAGAGAGAGAGCAGCAGCCUAGUAGUGUGGAUAUUUUGUGGAUGCCUCACCUAUUUCCUCAUGUGGAUACAGUUGAUUUUGUGGAUGUAUAUUUAAAUUUGUUCUUUCUUUUCCAGACGAAAUGUUAGUCAUGUGGAUAUUUUGUGGGUGUUUUUUUUAUUUAUUCUUCUUUUAGUGGAUAUUUUUAAUUUGUCUUUAUAGAUGUGGAUAUUUUAUGGAUAUUUUUUUAUUUAUCCUUUUAUAGACGAAAUAUUACUCAUGUGGAUAUGUGGUUUGUGGACUGUAUUGCUGAUGUGGAUUGAUGUGUGGAUAUUUAUUUAUCUUCCGCGUACUGAUGUGGAUAUGUGGAUAAAUUUCUCAUUUCAUUAUUUAUAAACAAUUUUGAUCUGUGUGGAUAGAUUUGUGGAUAUGUGGAUAUUUUCUUCAUAUAUUAGCCAUGUGGAUAUUUACAUAUAAUCUUUAAUAGACAAUUGAUCUGUGUGGAUAUUUUUUUGCUGAUGUAAAUAUUUUGUUAGUCAUGUGGAUAUGAUGUGGAUAUUUCUCAUCUUAUUUAUAGACGAUUUGAUUUGUGUGGAUAAUUGUGGAUAUUUUUUUUUCUGCAGAUGUGGAUAUUUCUCAUCUUAUUUAUAGACGAUUUGAUCUGUGUGGAUAAUUGUGGAUAUUUUUUUCAUAUGUGGAUAAGAUGUAAAUAUUUUCUUUUCAUAUGUCAGCCAUGUGGAUAUGUGGAUUUUUUUUUUUUUUUUUUUUUUUUUUACAUAAUUAUCAUUUAUGGACAGUAUGAUCUUUGUUGAUAGUUGUGUGGAUUAAUGUGGAUAUUUCCUGCACGAAUCACUCGUUUGGAUAUAAAUCGUAGACAAGUGGAUAUAUUUUUGAAUCUCGAUUAUAUGAACCCAUUUUUUUUUAUUGAUAUAUUUUUACUUUUUUUUUUAUUUCUAUUUAUUAAUUUUAUAGACAAUUUUGUGAGCGUCUUUUUUUUUUUUUUUUUUUGUCUUCUUUUUCUUUUUAUUUAUUUUCUAUUUCUUUCUCUAAUUUAUUUCUUUAUUUAAUCUUUUUGACAAUUUCAUAAGUGGAUAUGGACGAUAUGUGGUCAUUAAUUAAUUUGUGGAUGUAUGUCGAUAGUGAGGAUGUCUCCACUCCGUACAUCCACCUUUGUGUGUGUGUGUGUGUGUGUGUGUAAGAAAUUGUAAUAUAUUUUUUGACAAGUGAGUAGAUGUGUGGUUAUUAUUAUUAUUAUUAUUAUUAUUAUUAUUAUUAUUAUUAUUAUUAUUAUUAUUAUUAUAUUUUGUGUGUUAGUGUGCGAUUCUCUCUCUAACAUCAUUCCAACUUGUUUUUAUUUAUUUGUUACUCAGGAAAUUCUUAUUACUAUUAUUACUAUUAACUUUUACUCUUUCUUAUUCUCUUCAUUAUUCAUAUUCUCCAUUAUUAUUUAUUUAUUUACGUAUGACUUGUAAUACCUAAGAUUAGCUAUGUCUGUUUGUCUGUCCGUCUGUCCGUCUUGUUAUAGCUUUUAAUAGAGAUAUAUAUUUUUACUAAAUAUU